GUGUCUCCGUGGUGCGUAUAUCGUCGGAUGCCCCAAUCGAACCUAAGUCGACGGUCCUGAAAUUAAUUCCAAUCGUGCUGUGGAAGUGUCGCGUAAUAUAGAGCGAACAUGGGGAAAGUCCGGCGCACCCGAAAACCUGCCCCCGAUGGAUGGGAGUUGAUCGAACCCACCCUUGAAGAGCUCGACGGGAAGAUGAGAGAAGCCGAGACUGAGAAUCACGAAGGGAAACGGAAAGUCGAGUCACUGUGGCCGAUUUUCAAAAUCCAUCACCAACGCUCGCGGUACAUAUUUGAUCUCUACUACAAGAGGAAAGCGAUCUCCAAGGAAUUGUUGGAUUUCUGCCUGAAAGAAAACAUCGCCGACAAGAAUCUCAUGGCGAAGUGGAAGAAACAAGGCUAUGAGAACCUUUGUUGCUUGCGAUGCAUCCAAACACGUGAUACCAACUUCGGAACCAACUGCAUAUGUAGAGUUCCUAAAGACAAAUUAGAGGAGGGAAAAAUUGUCGAAUGCGUUCACUGUGGAUGCAGAGGAUGUUCCGGUUGAGAAUGCGCGGUCCCGGCAGAACCUAAUGCGAGAUAACGAUCACGGAUGCUUUCGACUUGUGAAUAUGAAUGAUACUCGAUCAAUCGAUUGAUGUAAAUAAUAAAGAGAGAUAAUUUGAGGCAA